AUGCCCAUGGAGUACAGUUUGUGGUUCUCAGGCUUGAGCGCGUGUGGUGCCCUUGCUGCUUGCUUCCUGACCCUCCUGGGCAUGCUGACGCCCUGGUGGACCAUGUCGGAGCCGGACGAACUAGCGCCCAUCAUCACCGAGGUGUCACUGUGGACCACCAAUACCCGCUGGACCUUGCGCAUGGACGGUGGUGUGGAAACCCACACGGGCUGCGACUACCGCUGUAACAAGGCGCGCUUCACCAAGCCGAGGGUCUACUCGAAGUGCCAAAGUUGGGAAGACAUCAAGGAAUGGGCUCCAGAGCUGUGUAGCGCUGGUCUGGGCAGUCGCGCGGAGAGCCUGGUGACCACCACCACCGCAGAGCCCAUCCUCUACGGCUCCGAUGGGCUGCCGCUCGGGGAUCGCGGUCAACCGUUGGAAGAGCCCUACAACUUUGACAAGGAGACCAAUGUAGAUGUCUUCCAGAAUCCGGACAUCCCCUACACUUUGAAGCCGCCGGUGGCGCCCAAUACCAUUCCGAUCUCCACCUACAGGCCCUACCAGUUCGGGGCGGCGACGACCACCGUGACCGCCUUCUUCACCUACACCAUCACCCGUGUCACCAGCACGGUGCCUCCUGGAGGAGCAACCGCACAGGUGACCCCGAUCCCCGUUGCGACCACGCCGAUGCUGGGCGCAGCCUUCUGUGCACAACCCACCUGGGAGGAGAGGACCACUGCGCCCUACACGGAGUGGGAGUUGAACUUCGAAUUGCCACUGGAGAUCAUGGACCGGAUCUUUGCCCAGCUCAAUCCCUUCUUCGCUCAGGUGCCGAAAUGGCUCUUCACGCAACGGCCCCUGCGCAACGAGCAGGUUCGCCUGGUGUGGGAGGCCUAUGUCCAACGGUCUCCGCAGAUGAAAUGGCUGGGCCGUUGGCCUUGCCCCUCCGUGCCCGCCCGUCAGCUGCACUCAUGGAUCUACAGCGGCACCGUGGACCCCUUCCUGGUGCAACUGGGUGAGGAGGCUCUGAUGCCGCCCAACACCAAACCUGCGGAAUGGCAAGACGCCCUGACAUGA